CAAACUAGGAGGUGGUAGGAAGGUGGGAGAGGUUUAUCAUGUGCGUGUGUUACUCGAUGCUGUGUUCAUUUAUUGUUGAUUUUGGAUAAUGUAUGUUCGGAGUAAUUACUGCAGACUUUCGUGAAGAAACAUGUUCAGCAAAAAAAUUCACGCAGACGUCAAGAAGUCGACUCAGAAAGUCCAGGAUUUGAAGAAAGAUUCUGCUACACGUUUGAAGCAUCUCAGAAUUGUACUGGAACAUGUCGAUGUCGAGGAGGCAAAAACUUUCUUUGAGAGCAAUUUCAGUCACAUCUACUGCAUCCUUUAUGACAGUUUUGUAGCAGCUGAAGCAAAUCUGAAGCAGAGAGAGUUGUCUUUCCACUUAGUUCACAAGGCUCACAGAGAGGAACUGGAAUUUGUGCUGUUGAUACUGGAGAAAGUGCUGGUGCUGCUGCCUGAACUCAUCUCAGGACGAUGGCAACUACACAGCCUCACGCGCAUCCUUAGUAAACUCCUGCAUCCUGGAAAUUCUUACAAAUUGCGCAGAGAAGCAAUCAGGUAUUUUCUCUUAUGGUAUCAAGCUCUGGGUGAUAAUGCACCUGACAGUCUGCAUGCCAUUUUUGCAACAUUAGUACCUGGUUUCCCAUCACCGUUCCCAGGGAUGGGGCUUCCUGCAUUAAGCCACAACUCUGCUUCUGUGUUUCAUGAUGCAACUGCAGGUCCUGUAUGUCCUGUGGAAAUACAACCACUGUUGUCUCCACAAAGUGGGGAGAAGCAGCCAGAAGACCCCACUCGGUUUUUCCUUGACGCGUUGCUGGAGUUCAUGGUGUCCCAGGUUACAAAGGUGGAAUGGAGGGACCGUGUUAAUAGGCAGCAUAAAUGUUUCACAUUUCUGUUUGAACGUUUCAAGCAGUAUUACUUGCCACAUAUCUUCCCAGAGUUUUCUCAUAUGACAAGCCUAUACAAGCCCGUUUUAGAAGUACCCUUGAAGAAGCGUGCGUGUCCUGCUCCUGUGGAGACAGCUGAUGGUAAAAAACGAACUGACCCUUUCAUUGCCUGCCGUGUUGCUGUGAUCAGAUGGGUUGCCAUUUUUACACAUAUCACAAAAAAAGGAAGUGAACACACAUUUAUCCCAGCUCCAUCCAGCAGUGUCUCACCGAAUGAGGAAACAGACCGUUCACCAGGGACAGAGCUCAGACGUGUCAGUGUGAGUCAAGCAGGCUCGAACCAUGAUGCACAGUCUGCUGUGUCGCCAUUAUCAGAUUCAAAUCAUUCAUCAGCAUUUUCCCAGGCAGAAGGUGGACACACAGUUACUGAAGAUCCAAACUCAGCAGCCAUUAACUUGGUGCGUGAAGUGCUGUAUAGUACACGUGAAAACGUUAACUUUGUGCAUGAAGUCUACAGACAAGCAUUUCUGCUCAAUUUCACUCAUUCGCCAGCUAUACGCAAGGCCAUAGCUGUCUAUAAGGACUGGAUUCAAAUGAAUGUCCCAGAACUCCCUUGUUUUAUGCUGGAGCCACUUGAGAGCCACGUAAAAAACAGUGGACCACCAUCCAAUGAAUUUAGUUCCUUAGAGAGCACAGAAAGUCCUGAAUCGUACAGAGUGACUCGCCUAAGGAAUGAUUCAUACCUUGGAGCCAUUCACAAGGAGAAUUUGUUGGUACGGGCUGGUUUACAGAAUUUGCUACAGUUAUUCAUUACACAUGCAGCAAAUGUGUUUACGUUGGAGCUGAGUCCUGAUUAUCCACUCCUUUUGGAGGAACAAGUGGAUACAUGUAAGCGUGUCCUCAAUAUAUACCGGUACAUGGUGAUGCAUACCCGUAUGGAAGCUCGUACUUGGGAACAGUUACUGGUGGUUCUCCUGCAAAUCACAUCACUCAUUUUAAGCAAAACACCCCCAAAACACAAGGAAGAGACCCUUGGAGGAAAGCUAGCCCCAGCAAUUUUCCAGACACUAAUAGUGACAUGGAUAAAAGCUAAUUUAAAUGUGGUUAUCUCUGCUGAUUUGUGGGACCAGUUCUUAGCAGUUUUGUCAUCCCUUACACAAUGGGAAGAACUCAUUCGUGAAUGGGCAAAAACAUUGGAAACACUGACACGUGUUUUGGCACGCCAUGUCUAUGGCUUGGACCUCACGGAUUUGCCACUUGAUCGCCUGACAGAGCAAAAAGCCAAGAAACGGCGCGGAAACAGACAGCAGAGUGUAUGUGAGAAUAACCAGAACCAGGGCCACCAAACACAUCCAGCGUCUCAGCCAGCUCGCAACAGUGUUUCAUAUUCAUCUGGCCAAGGAUCAAUGCGAGCAAGUUCUAUUCCACCACUGGCAGCAUCCAGUACACCGUGUCAUGACCAAAGCUCUAGUGAUGGUCCCGCCAGCUUCAACACAACAGCUUCUGAGUUGUCAAGUGGAACGUUUCAGCAACACAAUCACUCUCAUUCACACCACCACCAUCAUGGUAUACUGGGAAGUAGUCCUAGUCCAGAUAAACGUCGUAGUGGGUACCACGGACUGCACUUACGUAGUGUUAGCGAGGGAAAUUUAUCAAGUGCUGUUGCACAUCGCCAUCGCCACAAGAGUAGCAGGAUGGUAGAUUCUGGGCGUCACUGUGGAAGUCGAGCUGCUCCAGUUGUCAUCCCAGUCUUACCUCUUUGUGUGGAAAGAGAAGUGGCCCGAAUCAUUGCUCAUUCAGGUGACACAAAUUACUCACAACGUACGUACCCAAAAACCCGGAUUCACAAGUCACGUUCCAUGGAUUCUCUUCGAAGUGCCAGAGCAGGAACACCAUUCCAGUACUCUGAGUCAGAGGGUCCAACAAGAUCCCCCUCUCCCGCUCCAUCGAGUGGAGUUGAAAGCAAUUCAAUCAAAGAUUCGCCCAUGCAGAUUGAUGUAAUAAGUGCAGAUGGUACAAGUUUAGAUCUUCAAGAGACUAGUGGCCGAACUUCAGUAAUGGCAGGAGGAACAGUGCGUGGCUGGUUGCCUGAUGUGGCUGUUGUAUUAUGGCGCCGUAUGUUGGGAGCUCUUGGAGACGUCAAUCAGAUUAGUUCACCUGUGCUACAUGCCCAAGUCUUUGAUUACCUGGUAGAGCUGUCUGAUACACUAAUAAAAAUUCGGAUGAACCAAGGUGUGUCUGUAGACGGCCUGUGCACACCACCUCCUCCAGAUUUAAUACCACCUCUAAAAAUUAUUGCUCCUUGGUGUUUCAAGGCCCUGUCAUUACCAGCAAACUAUGCGCGCGGAAAGUUGAGUGCCUUGAGGUUGUUAUGCCAGAUGACAAUGACUCACCAAGACAUUCCAGCUCCUCAUGAUCAUGUUACUCACUUCUAUAAGGUGUUACACCAUGGACUUAUUGGCACUGAACAGGCUGUUGUCAACACAAUAGUGCAAUAUUGCGGACCUCGUUUCUUUUCACUGAUGUUACCAGGCUAUUCACUGCUAAUGUAUGACUUUAUUCAUGCAGCCAAUACUGUUUUAUCUUCGAAUGAUAUAGCAACUGCUCCUCGGACUGAGGCAGCUUCCAUAUUGGGCACUCUGCUUUGCUUGUCCAGCACCUUCCCAGAACUACCAGUACUUCAGCCCACAGUAAAGGAGUUCAGUGUGAGAUCGUGUGUCGAUGCCAAGGAUCACAUUGUGCCUAUUUUACUAAGAUGUGGGAAAAGAGAACCAACAGGUUUGGCUCGUUGCAUUGCUCUUUCAAGCUUGGGCAUUUAUGCGUAUCAAGAAUUGAGCCAUGGCACAUGUCAUCCUCGCAUAAAAGAUGCAGUCAAUGUGUUGUUGCUUGCAUUAAGGUUCAAUAACAAGACCGUGGCACUGGUUGCCUCUGAUGUUCUUGUGGCAUUGUCUGAUCAUGCAGCUCACUUACUUGAAGUCUUUCCAGAGAUACCUUUACGAAUUAUUGAGGUGUUAGCUCUUACAUUGUCGCAGCUGGCUCCACGUCAACAAAAUAAGGAGAGUUUAUCUGGUUCCAGUUGUGUUUUACUUACAUCACUUAUGUUUUGCCUUGGUGAGUGGUGCAUGUGUGUACCAAUUCCACAAUUAGUGGCUCAUGGUCGAAACUGUUUGCUGCUUACAGUUUUCAAGGUUUUAAGUCAGUUGCAGAGUGGAAAGGCACAUGCAACAGAAAGUGAGACGCCACCUAUACCAGAGUCCGCAGACUACGAUUUGGAUAUAAAAUUAGAUAAUCUCCGUGAAGAAUCUGCACCACCUCAAAUACCACAAGAGUCACCACCUCCUGGAUCAGCAGAGCAACCCAUUCAACUUGCUGCAAAAAUGGUAUUAAUGCAUCUUGUAAAUCACCUUGGCCACUUUCCAAUGGGCAUAGGGGCAGCUCGAUUGUCUUCAAUGGUAGUUGAACAAGAUGAUGUACCAGGCCUUUCUGCUGAUGAGCUCAGUGCAGAAGUUUUUUCUGCCCCAAAUAUCCAGUUGUUUGUGUUAAGUAGCCGUUUGCUAGUCUCGCUGGUCGAGCUUCCUACUCUAGAUGUCCCUGGUGGGGGAGUGACGGCUGGCCUCCGUACUGCUCUCUCCCAGGUGCGCGUCAUUUUACGCGAUCUUGCUGGUAAGGCCAGCUGGGAUGCGUCAAUCUUGUACUGCUCUCCAGAUUAUGAGAGGACUGCAGAUUUUAGUAUAGUGGAGCAAGGUACUGAAUCCAGUGCACAGUGGGGAAAUUCAGUUCAUCCUGAAAUGUUGUCUAGUCUUGUUAUAAGUUCUCCGCCACAGCACACUUUACGCCACCGUCCACCUCAUCAGUUACCUACUUGGGAAGAUGGUGCUGAUGAUAUGGAUAAUUUGGAUGACCUUCUACAAUAUCUUGGGCACACUAGUCCAGAAUGUCUCGAGAGCCUCGAUACCCCACGGAACAUUCCAGCAUCACCACCACCACAGUUCACUAGAGAACUGGAAGAAGAGAGCAUGACCAGUGUCUUAGGCCAAAGAAAUAUUGAGAGGGAUUUUUUGCAGAGACCUCUCAUAUCGCUGGGGAGUGAGCCGUGUGCUGCAGCAGUGCACUAUCCAACAACAGCACCAUUUCAACAUUGUCGGUUGUUGUUCUCACAGCUAGGUCUAGCUGGAUGGGAACGAAGAUCGCAAUUGCAAUUGCUUGCAAAGAAUGAAAAACUGCUUCGGGAACUAAGAAACCUUGACACGCAGCGCUGUAGAGAAACACACAAAAUUGCUGUAAUAUAUGUAGCUGAAGGGCAAGAAGAUAAAAAUUCAAUCCUGUCAAAUACAUGUGGGAGCCAGGCAUAUGAAGAAUUCAUUUCCGGUCUGGCAUGGGAGGUGGAGUUGGAGUCGCACACUGGUUUUUUGGGUGGACUGCAACGAAAUAGAAGUACUGGUGAAACAGCUCCCUAUUAUGCAACUUCUUUUCUGGAAGCUAUUUUCCAUGUGGCAACACGUAUGCCAUCAUCAAGCCAAGAAUCUUUGUUACAGAAGAUGCGUCACCUUGGUAACGAUGAAGUACAUAUUGUAUGGUCAGAGCAUAACAGGGAUUACAGGCGUGGAAUAAUUCCAACAGAAUUUUGUGAUGUUCUUAUUGUCAUCUAUCCUUUGCUGAAUGGAUUGUACCGUGUACAAGUCAAACGGAAGCCUGAUGUUCCAUACUUUGGACCACUCUUCAAUGAAGCAAUAGUUGACAGUAAAGUGCUUCCGGGCUUGGUGAGAGCAUCUGCGAUUAGUGCCAGUCGUGCCAAGCGGAGUAUGCUUCCUUUUUACCAGAAUUAUUAUGAAGAACGUUCCAGAUCACUGGAGACAGUAGUAUGCAACCACAGGGAGCCAACUACAUUUGAGGAGUUUGCUGCACAGGUCUACUCUCCAGUGCAAACGCCAUCACCGUUUUGUGGAGGACCAACACGUUCCUCAGGGACAUCACUGAGCUCUCGUAGUCCUGAACCAAGCUGUUCGUCUGCACCAAGUUCAACACUAGCAGCAGCACUAUUGGACUCCCACCACCACUGCAGUGGCAGUCCAUCAGAUUCAAGGAUUCGAGGAGCUGAAAGUAUUAGAGUCUGGUUUGCAGGCAAUGAAGUGGCAUCUGCAGCUGACAGCGGACUUCACGGCAUAUCACCAAGACCAUUAAAGAAACUAUCUUUCAAGACUACAGCAAGGAAGUCUCUAGCUGUUCGCUGUGAAUCUGUUUCUCUUACUCCACCUGACAGCCCCACAACUCGGAAAACAAAGUAAAAGUGAUAAUGCCCACUAAAUAUAAUUUUAUAGCUUGACUUGUCAACAGUGUGCUUGUAUAUGUGUGUACGCAUGUUUUAAAGGACUGGUUCUUUUGCACUAAGUGAUGACCAAGAGUUAUUUAGGAAUGUCGACUGUCUUGACACAAACUUUAAAUGAAAAUCCAGAAGAUACACAGAAAGCAUCAGCAUUCUUAUUUACUAGGUGCUAUUUAGUGUGUUGUUUCUCAGGGAUGUCAAUAAUGACUGCUGCCUCUUGUAUUGAGGAUUUAAGUAAGUUUCUGGACACACUGUUAAUAACAACUUGGUGCAUUUGUGUUAUUGUACCAGCAAGAAAGUGCUUGAUCUUUCCAUACUGGAUAUCAUUGGAAUCUACUGAAACUUUCUCACACAUUGCCAGAAGCUCAGUGAGUUGCACUGUUUACUUACCACGCAAUGAAAGAUACAAAAGUUGGUUGCUCAUCACUUGUGAUUAGUAUUUGUCAUUAACAGGUGUUAUUUAAAGCUCUACAGAUAAACAAACACUUGGAAGAAGAAAGAGCACAUUAUCAAAAUGGGAGUAUCAAAGGUGAUCAUAUCCAUCCCAGUAGUUGGCAUAAAACUUACCUCUUUGUCAGAUUCUUCAAAACCUUAAGUGUCUUACAUAGGAAACACAUAUUGUAAAUUACUUUACCUACAGACGAGUGUUCCAAUCUCCUGUGUAGCAAGCAGCAAGUGUGUCAGAUAGUAUUUUUUAACAUUUUCUGCAUGUACUUUUAAAGAGAGAAUGUAAUUUUCUUUGACUUAACUUUACAAAGAACUUACAUUAUCUCAGAUUGUAUUCAUGAAUUUUCUGUGGCUGUAUCAAUAAUUCUUCUUUCUCUUUUAGAUUUUACUUGACAAGCACUUGUGUAGAAAAAGCAGCUAAGCACAACUACUUAUAAAUGUAUAUUUUUUUGAUUAUUGGUGAUAAAACAGUUUAAAACUCUGUAGAUAUUGAAACACUGAAGAAGAUCAAUAGAGAUAUAUAAUAACUGUAGAGUGACCCACAACUACUAACAGCACUGCAUAGUAACACCAGUAAAAUAACAUCACUAAUACUUUAUAAUUAUCUGGAGACACAGUAUGCAGUUUGAUCGCUAAAGCAUGACAGACAUUAACUCAUAAUGCCUUGUGACUGAAGGAGUUCAAAUAAUUUUGAGCAUUAUUAAGGUGCCAUUUCACUGCUUAAUAUUUCACAUCCAGGAAUCUUUUCUGUGGGAAAAGAGCGAAAGAAAUGAAUAAGAAAUAAUUAAGAUGAGGAAUACACAUCCCCACAACAAAGUUAAUGAGAAUAUUGGAUAGAUGCUGAAGGUCACAAACCAUAAUGAGAAAUGGACAUGCAGCGUGACUGACUUGGCAGUUCCAAGUUGUAUCAGUUCCUCAUUAUAAUUAUCAUUUACUUUCAAAUCUUGGCGAUAGUAAAGGAGAUGAAUGUUUUUCUUUUGAGUAAAAGUUGACAGAAUGUACUACAAUUCUCGUAGAUAUAAAAGGGAAAAGAUAUUGUUGUAGAAUAUGGUGUUAUUUGGGAACAUUUAAACACUGUAUUUACAAUUUUUGAGAACUGUGUUGGCAACUGUGGGCUACAGAUAUAACAGUAAUAAAUAACUUUACUUGUAGAUUGUUCCUGAUGCUCAUAAUAGUAACACAAGUAAGUAUGUGGUGAUUAUCUGAGUGGUACUGUUUACAAACUCAUCCAGUGCACCAUAAGAACACUUUCCUUCUGUGGCCAACAAUGAGGAACAUGUCAGGAGAAAUGCAUUUCCUUCUGUGGCCAACAAUGAGGAACAUGUCAGGAGAAAUACAUUUCUCAUUGUCAGCUGUACAAGAAAUAUUCUUCUGUGAUCUGCUCAUUUCACAGUAGUGUGAAAGAUAACUUUGUUUGCCAUGAUUCCUGCAACUUGGACCUUGCAAAAUGUUAUUGUCAACUGUUAAUCAUCAACUUUUAAUUGUAGUUAGAACUUUAGCCUUGAAAUUUUUCUGGCUGUAGUGAUAAAAAAAUCCUUGCAGCAUUUAAUGAAACUGUGAGAGCUUUAUGCAUUUCUUCCUGCCACUUUCGGUUCUGAAUUGAGUCAUCUACAAACAUUAUGAACUUCACAGCAUAGCAUCCCAUGUCAUGGAGACAGGCUGGUAGUAACAACACUAACAGUGCAUGUGUUUCAUAUCAUUUGUGUAAUAACUUUCAGAGUCAUAAUUCUUCUUUGACUUGUACAUUAGAUUACCCUUCAACCAAGCCACCACUCUUUUUUUUUUUUAGUCCUUGUUGCACACUUUGCUUUUAUAUGAUAUGUAUACAUCGCCAUCUCCUUUCUUUUAAACAGUUUUCUGACAUUUGUGCAUUAUGUAGUCAAAUCAUUGUUGUGGUGGCGUGAAAAAUAUGUUAGUCCACGAAUUCUGUGAAUACACACUGUGGACAACUGGAGUCAGCCUAUCAGCAGUCCUUCACUUUUGUCUUGCAUGCAUCCUUAUUAAAUUUAUAAUUCGUAACAACAAAACCUACAUUGCUCAGUAGUUCAGCAGCCAUUUUUUCCCUGUAGAUGCUCAAUUAAUUAGUCACCAUCUUCAAAGUCUAUAUCAAAAGAAAAAUAAAAGUACUGUUGUAAUGGGAAAUAUUCACAUUGUUUUCAUAUGGCCUUAAAGUUGACAUUUAAAACAGUAGCAUGUUGGUUAUGUUCAAAAAUGUGUUUAUCAUGUUAAACUGCCAAUAAUACUGAAUUCUGUUAUCCUUUGAUCACAAUCCUCAGUUCACAUAACAGCACUUGUGUAAAUGUGAAGUGCUAUUAUUAAAUUCUUUUUGAUGAAUUAGAUAUGAAAAUAUUCUUACUUUCCCCAUCACCCUCUUCAUAUCAUGAGCAUACAUCAUUAUGACAGUAUUUAUAGUCCUUAGUGCACAUUGGAAAGGAUGGUAUAAAGAUAUAAGCCAUGAUGCUUGUUAUGAUAUAAGAAGAAUGUAGUGUUGUUUGCAUAGUCAGUACUGCUUUGUUGAGGUCCUUGUGCAGUUACUUCACGUAGUUACUUAUCAACUGUAGCUUCUUGCAUGUUUUGUGCACAGAAUACAUUGACCUGUGAACUUCGUGUCACUUACAAAAUCUACUGAAAGUGACAACUACGUAAAAAUAUUUUUUCCAUUAUAAUUUAAGUGAUUGGAAACUAUCUUUUUAUUCAGUUUUUGCAUUGAAAGUGCACUUUUUAUCAUGAAAUUUCAUUUUACAAAUCAUACUUAGCAAAAGUAUAUUACAAACUGCACAGGGACAACCAUGGCACUUUUCACCCAUAUUUAGGUCCUCAUAUCUUGGAAUUUAACAACAGAUGUACUAUAGGUGUUCAAUUCUUUCAUUCUGAAAUACAGUCACAUACCUCUGAAAUCAGUUCACGUGUGAUUUUAGUGUCUGUGGACUUCAUGCUUUAGCAGUGCUUCCGCAUUGUUAUAUUUAGCAUUGUGUUAUGAAGGUUAUACAGUACACAUCAGAACUGAGAUGUUAGUGGUUUACAAGUUUCAAACAUUCAACAGUGCUAUUGCCAUCCUAGCUUCUGACCAGCAUUGAGUCUUUAUUUUUAAAAGUUAAGAACUCAUUCUGCCUAAUUUUCUUUUAAGGAAUAUUCUUUUGGUUUUCAUUAGUCAAGUUGUAUUUAAAAACUAAUCGAAGAUGUAGGUUGCAAAAUUGCUGUACUCUAACAGAUAUAGAAAUUUUUAUUGUUCUACACGCUUGUGGAAUUACUUUUGACUAUACAUUGUCUAUAUUUUAUGUCUGCUGUAUACCAAGGGCUGAGCCAUAGGAUACACUGUGAUUUUUGUGUUGUUAACAAAAAUUCCAAUAGAGUUUUGUUGUUGAACAUGUGUUUAUUACAAGUAAAAAUAAGAAGAGAUAGGGCUGGGCUGAGAAUGAGUAUCUCUUCUCAUACCUAGCUUCAAUGAGAACUCUUCGUACUAUCAUAAUUUUUUUAUUAACGGUAUCCAAUGUACUGUGUGUUUUCACAGUGGGUGAAAGUAUUGCUUUCUGUCUAAGAUGAAGUGCACUUAAAUUUCAUUAAGUUUUGGUGACUGACAGUGAGUGAUUGUAACUGAAUGUGACACCCCAAUUGUCGUGCAUAGAAAAUAUUUAAAAUCAUAAACUUUUGUAUACUUUCCCUCCAGUAUACUGUAUUAUUUGCAAAUUAUAUACUCUGAAGGUAAUUUGCAUGAUCUCACUUGCCCCUUUUUUUGCUUAUAUUAUGCUUCUUAAUAUUGUUAAAGGGUUGUUGUAUUAUACAUUCCAUGAAACUUAUGUGCAUACUUUAACAGACUUGCUUUGAAUAUUAUUAUUCUAACAAGUUAAUUAGAAUAAUACAAAAUAAGAAAGACUUUGACUGAUUAACUAAAAAAAUAUCUGUAUCACUCAUCCAAAAAAUGAACCAAUGAAUGACAAAUAGUGAUGCAACUUCAUGUCACAGUACUACUCAGUAACUAUGUGAACCCCACUUGUCGCCCAAUGACAGAGCUAUUUGAACCAUUGUCCUUAUAACAUACAGUUAUGGUUAUGUGAUAUUCUUUCUGAAAAUGUGAUCAGUAAUGUGCACUACAGUUAAAAUUGCUUUUAGUAAGGUAAAACUAAAUUUGUAUUAUUUAUACAUUUAGCAUAUAUAUAUAUAUAU